AUGCUCUUCAGACAUGUGUUAGUCUUCCGUGCCAAUUUACUUGCCACCACAGUCAGUCGCAAUAAAGCUAGCAAUUCUAGUUGUUCUUCAGAGUUCCUCCCUCUGGAAAUUCGAGGACUGACUAAUCUUAAGUUUAGAGAGAACGCCCCAUUACCUUUCAAUGAAAAACCACCUGUCCUUCAUGAAAAAUUUCGUAGUUUAAUUGAAUGGACAAAUGUCUGGCCGGCUGCUGCUACAUUUCACCACUCUGUUGUCCCCUUUAAAGUUCGUCAGGGACAUUGUAAAAACUUGUCAGAAAACGGAGGUUUGCCACCUGAAAAGUAUGCAAACGCUGAGUUAAUGAAGAUCCCUAAUUUUCUUCAUCUCACACCUCUGCAUAUUAAAAAACAUUGUGAUACACUGAAAAAGUUUUGCACCUCAUGGCCUUCUGGCUUGAAUUCGAACGAAACGAUCAAUAAGCUUUACCCUGUUACAAUAAUUAACCACUCCUACGUAUUCACAUCGUCGAAUAUACGUGACCCUCGUUCCCGUGUUGUAACACUUCAGAUCCAUCUCUCUAACCUUGCUUUGGAUGAACAUGCGAAAAGAAAACUCUUACGGCUUGCAAUAGGUCCUGGCCCAGGUCGUAAUAUUGCGGCGUAUGACUGGAAUACAGAUAUCUUAGAACUAACAUCAGCAAGGUGUCCGACAUCAAAACAGAACACUGACUUCUUAAUGUACGUAUUAACAGUUCUUACUUUGGAAUCAAAGAAAACGGAAAAGUGGGAAACAGAUAAUCCAGAAUAUGAUUGGUUACAAUUUGAUUGGAAUAGAAGUGAAUCACGUCGACGUCUUUUUAACUUACUUUCAACGUGUAAUAGUGAACCAGUUAUAAGUAAUAAUCAAACGAAAGAAAAAUAUUCCACAACCGAACUUGAAUCCCAUCCUGCUAUUGAACAGUAUCGAGAAGCAUUAGAAUCUAUUUGGUCUAAAAAUGAUAUACUCAAUGGGGACCAAUGGGUUAAACGACCUGACCCACCCAAAUAUCGACAUAGUCGUAUGAGACCUAUUCACAAUGUACCGUUUGUGACGAUACCGGGUGCAGAUGAAAAAAAUAAUUUGAAAAAAUACGCUUCAGCAACACGAAACCUAUUCGGGCUAGAUAUUGAAACACAGCAAUCAAACUUGUAG